AUGAGGUGCGGCGUGGGGCCCUGGGCGAUUGCUGUCGCGUUGUCCUGGACAUUGAUUUUGAAUGGAGUCCAAGCCAAAAAGGAGAGGAAGAAACUGAAAGAAGGAGCUCCACAGAACACAGAAAACUUCAAUGCAACAGUGUCCAACAGUGAAGAGGUGGAGGGAACUGUCAAGGCUGUUUGUUUUGCCUUCAGCCCACCCAUCGAGUUGGCGUUCUCACCACUGCCUGUGUACCAACACUGCAAAAACUCACGUCCACAGUAG